ACGACUUCGAGAGGGUGUGUUGCACGGGGAGUCAUAUUUUGGAUGUUCUGAAGAAAGUGGUUUAAGAAACUGUUGUGCUGAAAGGAAGAAUUAACUGGUCUUUCAACUUCAGCCUUUUUAUUGUGAGAGGGAAGAUCACAGAAGUGUUACCAUGGGGAGAACAGCAGUUAAAGAUUCAAAGAAUAUUAAAAAAGAGAAAGAUGGAAAGAAUCAGCAGGCAAACAACCCGUCUUUAAAAAGUGAACAGUUUAAUUGGGAUGACUAUCUGAAAGAGACUGAAUCAGUAGCUGCCCCUCUACAUUGUUUCAGACAGUCUAGAAUUCCACCUACGAACGAUUUCAAAGUUGGUAUGAAACUGGAAGCCCGUGAUCCUCGCAAUGUUACCUCAGUUUGUAUAGCUACAGUCAUUGGAAUCACUGGUGCCAGGCUAAGGUUGCGGCUGGAUGGAAGUGACAACAAAAAUGACUUUUGGAGGCUUGUGGAUUCCUCAGACAUACAGCCCAUCGGGACCUGUGAAAAGAAAGGGGGCAUGCUCCAGCCUCCACUGGGGUUCCAGAUGAAUGCAUCAUCUUGGCCAACGUUUCUCUUAAGAACUCUCAAUGGAGCUGAAAUGGCACCUGCAGCAUUCUUUAGGAAGGAACCGCCAAAACCUGUGCCAAACUGCUUUAAAGUUGGAAUGAAACUUGAAGCUAUAGACAGAAAGAACCCAUACUUGAUUUGCCCAGCAACCAUUGGAGAUGUUAAAGGAGAUGAAGUUUUUGUUACAUUUGAUGGCUGGAGAGGAGCAUUUGACUAUUGGUGCAGAUGUGAUUCUCGAGAUAUUUUCCCAGUUGGAUGGUGUAGCUUGACAGGAGAUGCAUUACAACCACCAGGGAACGAUGUUUCCAUUACAAAGAGCAGUGCAAAAAUCCAAUCUUCCCCUUCCAAAGUGACCCGGCGUUCAAUGCAGUCUCCACAGAAAUCUGCUCCAGUACCAGCACAGCGAGGCAGGAAACCAGGUCGGGGCAAACCCCCUGGACAGUCUGCAGUUCCCAAGAAGGGCCGGUCUCCUAAAAAUAUUCCCCUGACAAAAAGCACCUCUCAUACUGAAAAUCUUAAAACAAGGAAAAAAAGUUUAAAACCUGGAAAAAAGAAAAAAAUCUUGCCAGAAAAAACAACUCCUGCAUCUCCUUCUCCUCAGUCAUCUCCUGAGGGGGACAGUGGAACUACACAGAUACAUAAAGAUGGAUUUAGUUUGUCUGGUGCAACUGCAGCAGUUAUAUCCACAGUGUGUGUUUAUGUCAACAAACAUGGAAAUUCUGGGCCUCACCUGGAUAAGAAGAAGGUUCAGCAGCUUCCAGACCACUUUGGACCAGGUCCUGUCAAUGUGGUACUUCAGCAGGCUGUACAGGCUUGUGUGGAUUGUGCCUAUCAAGCCAAAACAGUCUUUGGAUUUCUGAAAUCUGGCCAUCAUGGAGGGGAAGUGAUAACUGCUUCCUUUGAUGGGGAAAAGCAUGCCAUCAAUCUUCCUUCUGUAAACAGUGCAUCAUUUGUCCUGCGCUUCUUGGAGAAGCUCUGCCACAGCCUGCAGUGUGAUAAUCUCUUCAGUAGCCAGCCUUUCAGCCCUUACAUGGGAUGUGCACAUAGUCCUACAGAGUAUGAUAGGAACAAGCCAGCCAAAGAAGAAAUACCUGAAAACAGGAAUGCUAAACGAUACUCUCAGGACUCUCCACCAUAUACUGCUCCUCUUUCCCCUAAACUUCCCAGAAAGGAUGCUCAUCCAUCUGAAGCAGAAACUUUGCCUAUAGAGGAAAACAGCACUUCCAAAGAACACCGAUUUUCUGAGGACUCUAUGGAUUCUGCACUUAAUUCUGUAAAUCUGUCAAGCCCAACCUGUCGAAAUUCCACAGAGUACCGUACUGCAGGAAGUGCUGCAUAUUACAGAAAUUCCCAUCAGCCAGCAACUGCUACCUCAAAUUCAACCCCAAUCCUGCGCAGUCUGUCUUUGAGCUCUGCUGGGAGCAGCAGUUACUGUGAAGUCAGUAGGAAUCGAAUACAGAGGCGAAUUGAAGCUGCAAGUUCCACAACUGGACCGGAUUUGAAUUCACUAAAAAGGGAACCUUCAAGAAUAUUGAAUAAGGACCCUUCCACCUGGUCAAUAGAGGAAGUGGUGCGUUUUGUGAAAGAAGCUGAUCCACAGGCACUGGCUCCACAUGCAGAACUCUUUAGGAGACAUGAAAUUGAUGGGAAGGCACUGCUCUUACUCAGGAGUGAUAUGAUAGUGAAAUAUAUGGGACUGAAGCUGGGGCCUGCCCUUAAGUUGUGCUACCACAUUGAACGACUUAAACAAGGCUUCAGCCAAUGUAUUCAUAUUCAGAACCAAAACAGCUGAAUCCCAAAGGGAAAUAAUAAAAUAAACCGGCUUCAGGUGUUUAAAAUUUUUACAGUGGUGCCUGUAAACUUUUAUAUUGCAAGAAAAACUUGAAAUAGAAGAUCUCAUCUCUGUAGUGAAUACUCUGUCUGGUCUUCCAGAAGAGAAGAAGGGUUAUGGAAGAGAGGGCUUAAUACAAAUAUAAGCUUUUAUAAAGUGUGAUUAUCAGUCCUUCAGUAAGUUAUGAGGACAAAUAUAUGGUAUAUUGUCAAUUUAUGCAGGCAAUAAAUAUUUCUGUUUCAUGGAACGGCAUAUUGGCUGUGUAAACAGCCAUUUCUGGGACAAACUGAUUUCACUGGAACAAUGCAUCCACAUCGUAAACAUUCCAUCUUUUUGCUCAGUUUGGCAUGGAUACGUGUGUUCAUGCUUUUUAUAUGUACCUGUGUAUGUGUCAGGGAAAUACAUACUAUAUAUAUAUAAAAAUACAUACACAGUGUACAUAUGUAUUCAGUUUUUAAUAUGUACUUUGCACUGUGCCAGAGAGAACUGUACAAUUUCUUGUUGUUUUUUUUACCAGUAAAUUUAGCUGUGUAUUACUUUCUUUAGCACCCGUUUAAUUUGUUCUUGGAGUCAGAAGGUGACAAACAAUCAAAAGGUGUCUUUAUUCAUACAGGUGAGAUCCCUGUACUAUGCAAUACUCCUGAAUAUUCAUCCCUUAAAUCUGAGCCAUAUAUUCUGAUAUAUUUUUGGAAAGACACAUUGGUUACUAUGUUUUGGGUUUAUAUUUCCUGUAAGGAAGUGCUACUAUGUAACUGAUAAACCUUUUUUUGGGGGGUAAAAUUGGUGCUGUUUGUUUAAGCUGCAAGAAUGAGUGGUGAUAAUAAAACAGUUUGUUGUCACUGCGAUUGUAAUAUACAUCAGGGAGAAGAAAAUAUACUUUCUGUGUAGGAAACUGAAUGUAAUAGUGAAACCAUAUAUAAUAGUAAAGUGAUAAAAACUGUUUGUUAGGGAAGGUGUAGUCCUCAAAUGCUAGGGUUUAUUAUAUUUCUUAAUACCUUUUUAUAUGAAAGCAUAUAGUAUAAAUGUAUUUUUUACAAAUUCCUUUUUUGAAAAUGCCUUGCUUUACUAGUAGUCUGAUACUCAUCAGGUUUCAACAGAGAUACUGCUGCAAAAUAGUGAAUUUGGUGACUCACAAGUCUAAGUAUUUCGUUAGUUUAAGUGACUACAAUGCAAUUUUAAUUCAGCAAGUCAUUUGGACUUUGAGAAUUGUUUUUCUUAUUACAUCAUUAGACAUUUGACACUAAAGUUUAUCUAUAUCAAUUUGUUUUGCAUAUCUUUUGUGGCGCAUGUGUGCUUAGACAAAUAGUACAGGCAUACUCUUUGUAGUGAGAAAAGUCAGAGCAUUCAUUGAAGAAACAGAAUAUUUUCUCUUUAUGUUAGAAAAAUACUGACUUAACUUCCGUAUGGAUACACGAACAAUUAUGUAUUAAGGAAAACAUCAUGCCCCACAUGUUCAGUAUAUUGUUUAUACAUAUAUAUAAUUGUAUACUAUUUCUUCCACACUUUAUUAUGCUGAAUUUGGGUUCUUCAGCAUAAAAAGAUCUCAUAUAGUUUAAGUGGAAGUAAUUGUCUGAAAACAGUUUUCAUUUUCUACGUUGCCCUUGGCAUAAAAAAAACAAAGAUGUUUAAAUUUUCUGUUUGGCCUUUAUGGAAUGACAUUUUUGUACAUGGCACUAUUAUGGGUAUAAAUAUUUGUUCAAGGCUUUGUGUGCACCCAUGUGCACAGGGAAUACUGUGAUUUGCUGUACCAGAAUUUCUCCACGUGCUAUAGCAUGAGGUUCAAGCAUUCAGAGUGUUACAGCAGAAUAUAUUUUUUAUUCUUUAUUUUCAA